CCGGGCGGCGGACCGGGGGGGGCGACGCUGGGGUGAACCUGUACGUCGUUGAGGGUGCAGUGCGGGCGGGUGCACUUUUGACCUUUCCAGUGGGAGUGACACGCGCGGUGGGGGGUUCCCCACGUGAGGAGGUCCUGCUGGAACGAGGACAGUGUCGCCACCGCGUGUUGGUUGGCGACGGGUGCGACGGUUAUCCGCGGGCGGGAUGCUGUAUGUCCGCACGUGGCGCUGCUCGCUGACGCUUUCCCCUUCUGUGGCUGCGGGAGCCCGGCCAGGCCGUCGUUAAGCUCUCCGACGAUGGCGUUGGCGCUGCCUUCCGCGGUGAGACCGCGCAGCCGCGAAAACGCGGGGGGGGGGACGGGUUGCACGUCCUCGUCUGCCGGCGGGCAGAUGUCGUGGUCGGCGCGGGUCGCGACGCCAAGGUCUGAGAUGUUCCCGAGAUACUCGUUGAUGUCGGUGUUGGUGUCGGUGAUCAGGCGCGUCUUCACCGCUGCUUCUUGACCCGUGAUCUCCCCUGAAUGAAGGCUGAGGUAGUCCCGGGCGUUGGACACAACGCGGCUGACUUCGGCUUUCAACUGUUGCCUGCGACCGGUCGAUGGUUCGCCUGCGGCGUGUGUGCCAUGGUCCAACAUGGCGAAGAAUGCUUUCACGAACGUCUCGAGGUGAACGAUGAAGACGCGUGGCUGCUAGGUCCACCCGGUAGGGAGGGCGAAUCGAUCAUUUCGGCGUCGGGAUAGGCCGCUUUGCGCAGCAGCUGGGCGAUUGCGUUCUUUCACCGCGUGGUGCUAACGAACGACCCGCCGCGCAGCAGAAGCAGCCGUCGCCGCGGACUCGUCUCCCCAUGCCUUCGUAUCGCGGCGAAACCUUUCUUUCUGUACAUGGGUGUUGAGGGCCUGGUUCGACACGUUCAUGUUUUGGCCCAGAGCUUGCGCUUGCUGGGGCUGUAGCACGAUCUGGCCACCUAGAGGGAGAUUGGUGGGCUGGGGCUGACCUUGCUGCUGGAGGCCGCCAGGGGGGAGGUGGCCAGGCUGCUGUUGCUGUUGCUGUUGCUGGU